AUGAAGCGAAAUCGACCAAGCGGGUCUCAGCAACGACAAAUUAAGAAGGCAAAAGAAAAGUCAGCUGAGGCGAUGUCUGGAUCAAUUUUAAAAUAUGUUGCACCUUCAACAUCUACCGCAGUAGGAGAAAGCGCUGAAGACGUUCAGUCUGUUGAAUCCAGAGGUGAAGUGCCUGAAGUAUCUUCUCAAGAAGCUUCAUAUGUGAAAGCGCAAGAAUUGGAGAAGAUCAUUUUAUCUUCAAGCGAUGAAAGUGAUGUAGAUGAAGGUGAUGCCAGCAGAAGCCUGCAUCAGCAAGACUCUGAUGAUGAUGAUGAAGAAGAAGAGGAGACUGUUGGACUGUCAGUUUAUUCUGAUGUUGCUGCUUGGCCAGUUCCAGUUCCAGAUGUUUUAAGAGUGGACCUUAUUAAGAGGGGAAGUGAACCUUUCCAAAAUAGAGAUGGGCCAUUCAGUCCUGUUGAAAGGCAAGGAGAGAAAUCAAAAGGGAAGAGUCGACAGUUGACCACUGCAUGGUUCUAUAAGGUUCUGCCUAAAGGCGAAAAAAAAUUUAGAACGUGGAUGGUGUACUCUCCAUCAAAACAAAGUUUGUUUUGUUUUUGCUGCAGACUUUUUGCUGUUGAUGACAAAGUAACAGGGGCAUCCAGUUUUGUUACUGGGUUUCAAUUGUGGUGGAAGCUGAACCCAAAAGUGUCUGAUCAUGAGGCUUCUGAGCAGCAUCUUACAUGCUUGGAGAAAUGGAAGACCUUGAGAGCAGGAUUGAAGCUACAAAAAUGCAUUAAUCAUGUCAAUCAAACAACAGUGGACAGAGAGAAAAGGAAAUUGAGGGAUAUUUUGCAUCGCCUUUUGGAUGUAACUUUGUUUCUGGCUCACCAGAAUCUUCCCUUUUGUGGUCAUAGAGAGACCAUGUCAUCCGCAAACAAACGCAACUUCCUCGAAUUGGUAGAAUUGAUCUCAAACUAUGAUGCCAUUUUAAAGGAACAUUUCAUGAGGCUGAAACAUGCUGUUGCAUCUGGAAAGAGAAUGACUUCCUAUUUCUCUCCAAAAAUUCAGAACAAAUUAAUUUGUCUUUUGUGA